AGAUGCACCGAGUAGUAACUGCCCAACUUCCGCUUUUACAUUAAGCCGCCCGUACAUAGCGGGGAGCACAAGUCUGAGAAUCUCAUUUGGGGGCAGAGAAGCAGGAGAAUAAGGAGAGAAGAGCAGAGGAGACAUAAAUGAGAUACAUAAAUAGAAUGUAAUGCAAGAGGAGAGAAGAGCAUCAUGUCAGGAGAGAGAGGAGAAACAAUGAGAGAAAGAGAAGAAUCCUUCCAUGGAACAGGAUACAAUCUGAUUGGCCGCUCACUGCCUUGGGAAGACCAAUAAACAUCAGGAUGCGGCACAUACAGCCUCAGAUUUGCCAACAUGGAUUUGUGGUUCUGUUCUUUCUCUUGCCCUUGCCUGGGAAGGGUGCUGAUAGGGGCCCAACACCAGCUUAUUAUUUAUCUGCCCAGUCAGUGUCGGUGGCAUCUGGUCUCUGUGUGGAAAUUCCCUGUACAUUUACUGUUCCUGCCGGUAGCACUUUAUCUACACGUGUCACAGGGAUUUGGAAGAGAAAAGAGACUCCUGACAUUGUUGCAGCCUCUACAGAGGCCUCUAUGGUUUCUAAUGGAACAAAAGGCCGAUUCACCCUGACUGGGAAAGUACAUGAAGGAAACUGCUCAUUCUCUAUCAGCAAUGCCCAACCAGCCGAUCAAGGGUUCUAUGAAUUCCGAAUUGAAGAAGGAUCCCAUAAAUAUUCCUAUAGUUGGGACAAGCUCAAUGUGAAUGUGACAGAUCUACCAGAACCUACUAUAUCUCCUGUGGGGGAGCUGAUCGCUGGGAAGCCAAUAACACUGACUUGUACGGCUCAUCCAGCACCUCAAGGGUGCAAGGGAAACAUCACAUGGGGAGGAAGGAUAAACAUAGAGAACAUAUAUAACUAUGAGCGGGAGGAUCAGGCUGGUAAAGUCACCUCCAUAUCAGAUAUCACUGUUACUCCAUCCCAGAGAGAGCACAAUAGCCCCCUAACAUGUACAGUGACUUACAGUGGGGUCUCCACUAACAGCAGCAUCACCCUGGGUGUUCAGUAUCCUCCUUCAGUGACAAUCACAGUUCCAGACGCCCCUAGAAGCCCAGCUAUUUGGGACUGCACAUCAGCAGGUUGCCGGGUUGAAGUCAUAGAAGGAACCUCCCUGUCCCUGCUCUGCUCUGCUGAAAGUAACCCUCCUGCCAACCUGUCCUGGGAAAAAAUGGGUCAGAGCAGCACCGACCCCCUAAAUUCCUCAAGUGGGAGAUUAAAUGUGGGUCCUGUAACUGCUCAUAAUGAGGGAGAAUACAUGUGCCGGGCAAGGAAUAAACAUGGGGAUUCAACGGCAUCAGCCAUAGUAGUUAUUAUAUAUGCCCCAAGAAGACUAACUAUUACCUACUGCAAUAUAACUGGUAAUUCUGUUUUAUGUCUUUAUUACAAAACUUUACAUUACAAUUUUUACACAUUUUGGUCCCAUGCACACUGGUGAUCUAAUAAAAAAUGCCCUCUCUGGGGUAGGGUUAUGACUUAAGUGAGGCUUCGUUAAACUGUGGGAAUUUCCCACCUGCCAAUUGUCUAUAAUUUUUAUUUGGAUAGAGAGAAAACUCAUAUUGAAAUCCUGGUGGUUAUAAAGACUUAAGCUGGCUAUAAACACAUGAUGAUAUUGUACAAAACCUUGUUUCGUAUGAUAUUCAGUGCGUGUAUGGCGGCUCGAUGAGGUUACCGAUAUCGCAUAAGGCUGCGGAUAUUGGUUGACUCGUCCAUCAGGUGGGUUAAAAGAUUUUGAUUGGGCACCAUUGAAGGCGCCCAAGCAACAUCUAUGUUCAGGGCUGAAUCGGCAGAAGAAGAUAGAUAGAGUUCCUAUUGUUUCUACCUCCAUAUCCGACGAUUCAGCCCUGAACGUCUGUGGAGGGUGGGAACAAUCUUUCCUGCGACCAAUGGUCACAAGAUCAAAAAUCGUUACGUAGAUGGCCACCUUUAGAUUGUGCCCUGAUGUACAUGAACAUGUCAUUUGAUCCCUUAGAAUCCUUCAUGGCUGGUAAAUCAAUAGGAACCUUCCCUUCCCUGGUCACGCUUUCAAAACGGAUACAGGGUCGGGAGGAGAUUUGGGCAGUGAUCCCCAACCAGUGGCUCAGGGGCAACAUGUUUCUCCCCAACCCCUUGGAUGUUGCUCUCAGUGCCCCCAAACCAGGGAGUUAUUUUUGAAUUCCUGACUUGGGGGCAAGUUUUGGUUGAAUAAAAACAAGAUUUCCUACCAAAUAAAGCCCCUGUAAGCUGAUAGUGUGCAUAGAGUCUGCAAAAUAGCCAAUCACAGCCCUUAUUUGGCUCCUCCAUGAACUUUUAUGGUGCUUGUGUUGCUUUAAAAAAUUGUGAGUUUUCAUUUCAGAUUGCUCUGUGCAUGAAAGCUCUGUUGAAGUCCAAGAAGGAAACUCCCUGUACCUGCGGUGCGAUGCUGACAGUAACCCUGUGGCAAAAGUGGUUUGGGUGAAACAAAUACAGAACGGCACAAUCACCCAAAUAUCACUCACAGCGCAACUGAAUGUGACUCAUGUAACAGCUGAAAAUGAGGGAAAUUAUACGUGUCAGACAAUGAACAGAGUUGGAAAUUCAAGUAAAUCCAUCUCCGUGGUUCUUAUCAAAACUCACACCAAUGAUGCAAUCCAUCUUGCAGGAAUAAUAUCUGGUGGAAUUUUUGUCUUACUCCUCGUUGCCAUAGUAACGGUUUUGGUAAUAAAGAAAAUGAGGAGGCCACCAGAACAGGCUGAAGAAAGUAAAAA